UGUGCAUGAAGCCUUUUCCUCGCUAACUCUUCAGCUACGUUCCAGCUGUGAUGCAUUAGCAACGCUGACUCAGCUGCCCUCAAACAGGAAGCAGAGGACUCUGUGGGCUGCAUGUUCAGAGGCUUUCAGCUGCAGAUUGCCAGACAAACAUCAGAGAUGGAGAACACAGAGUCUGGCUGGGCCUCUGGACGGUUCUCCACCUACUUUGGGGUGUUUGUGAUUUUCCUGGUCUUCGACCAGGCCUUCGAAUGCUCCUGCAAUCCUCAGCAGUUCGACUGCAACCUGCACAUUUCGCUGCCGGUCUUCACCGCCUUCGUGUUCAUGCUGUGGACGGACAGAUCCUUCCACAGAGUCGGCAGACACCUGCUGUCCUUCGACCGUCGUCACACCUGCAGCUUCUUGGCUUCUUCCUGCGUUUCCGUCAUCAAGGCGGCGUUCAUCGCUCUGCUGUGGGUGGUGUACGUGCUGAUUGGUGGAGACUGGUACGCCUGCUGCAUGAAGGAUCAGGCUGAAGAGCAGCUGGCCUGCAGGGCCGCCGGGAGGCUGACGGACGGCGAGCGAGCCGCCAUCACCGAGCUGAAGAACAAGUCCAGGAGCAUCGGCUCCUUUCUGCUCUUCGGUCUCGUCUGUGUCCCGGCGCUGGCGUCAACACUCGGAUGGAGGAAACCUUCCAGAUGGGAAAGACAGAGGCUGUUUUAUAAGCUGAUUUUGGAGCAGGAGGGGAAGGUUCUGGAAGAAACGCUGAGGAAAUAUGCCAGAGAAAGGCUGACGGAGGAGUUUGAGAGUAAGAUUCGAGAUGGUCGAUGGGAGGAAUGUUUCAAUGUCGCUGAGCAGCUGAUCAAAAUGUCGGCUCAGCCAGAACGAGGAGAAAACGGCAGGAGGGCAGAUCCAGGAUCAGAUGAGUAGCUCAGACUCGUGUUUGGCCGUCUGUUUAAACAUCUUGCUGUAAACUGAAUGAAUUAAAUAAAAAAACAACUAUUUGUGUGAAGUCAAAAUUACGAUACAAAACAUAAAAAGUCACAAUAAAAAUUAUGAUUAUAAGAUAAAUAACCUAAUCUCAUAAUGACUUCUCAAAUUUAUGACUUUAAAUUUCAUAAUUAAGAGAUGCUUUAUAUACUAUAUGAUAUUUGUAAUAAGUGGCAGGAAUGAACUUCCAUAGUUUCUGAUUUUAUUUUAAUUUUUUCCUCUUGUUCACAUGAAAUGACGUUUCUGUUUCUACUGAAACUACAAAAAAAUUUCUGGAUCUUUUUUCUAACUGGUUUUACUGCAUCAGACAUCAGAACAUUUGAACUAAUCUUGAAGUUUUUCUUUGUUAUUUGGAGAUUUAAAUCAUUAAUAAAGUUUAAAUGUGAAUCCAG